AGCUUUUUUUGCACCGUCUGUUGAGAAGAAAAAUAGGCCUAAAAGGCGAUAAUGAACAAUUGAACACACUAUCUUGUAUCCAUCUAUCGAUUUAGCCAAAACAACUCGAAAUCCAUUCAAGACUUUUGACGCGCAGGAACGUGCGCACGUAAAAGGCAAUAAGGAAACCAAAUUUCAUUUCAGAAUUGGUUAAAAUAAUGUUAGGAUCAGGGUUUAGAUAAGGACGCCAAACGACAGAAGAAGGCAGAAGAACUUCUAUUGGCUGAAGCAAGUUUUAGGACAAAUGCCUUCAGAAUCAUCAAUAUAAUGAUUGAACUAUGCGUAGAGAACCCUGGCAGUAAGGUGCAUGUGGAUGAGGUAUGUAUGCAUUUGAAGGUGUCAUUGGAUAGUUUAUCUUCUUUUCCUGCAUAAAACGACCUCAAAAAAUAUGAAUAAAUGGAUGGAUGGAUAGAGUCAUCCAGAAAUUAGGGUUAUGCAUCCAAAGAGACAAUCAUUUAAUUUGUACAUCUCAUAGCAAACCUGUGUUUGUCUCUAAGAUUCUCCACAGCAUCUUCUUCUUAGGUUUAUUUCGUAAACCCCAACAAUGCACCCCCAACGAUAUCCUUGGUGAAUUUAAGCCUAAAGUGCAGGAGAUUUUCCCGAGACCAUUUGAGAAUUACAACAGUAAACUGCCAAGACGGACUCCGUUCUCCUCUGUGCUGGAUAUGGUGGUCUCCUCGCUUGGACCAGACAUAGAGAUCAAUAUACUGGUGGAGAGACUGCAGGAAAUCGCCAAUGGCAUGUCAGAACCCAAUAGUAAAUACAAGUUCAACUCCUCAACCAUCUGUGUCUCUCAAGGGAAGGAUGUUCAAAGAAGUUACUAUGGAGCGUCCAUGUCCUGCAAUGGGAAGCAAGAAGGACAGAUCAUGGUUGCUGUGUCCUGUCUGAGUACCUGGCACUGCGGUGUAUCCAAUGCCGUGAUGACAUACGACCCAAACACCAAGAAGAUGAGAGAGAACUUUGACCACACCUUCAAUCUACCAACGGAUUUCAGGUGCCAGGCUUUCAAUCUGAGGACUCGGGACAGGAUGGAUCCUUGCAAAUCAUGUCAUAAUCUGUUUGGCCUUGAGCCAAGAGGAACGGAGAUGUGGCCCUACGGGAACUGCGCCGAGGCAGAGAGCUUGAGCAAACUGUUCAAAGGAGAGGGAUUUGUUGCUAGGAGAGUAGUAGAUGAUGAGGUGCGAAUGGAGGUGAUACAGUCGGUAAGAUCUGACCUGCAAAGAAAACUCAGGUCUAUUGAAUACGAAUGGGAUGGUGACUAUUACAUUCCACUGUAGAUUGUCAAAGAUGAUGGUGAAGCACAUCCAUACACACACGUACGAACACAUACAUACACACACAAUCACUUACAUACUUCACACACACAUAUAUACACUCUUACUGCAACACACUGAGAUCCAAAACAUGAAACAUAUAAUCAUAGCUUGGUGCGGGGCUAGCAACAUGUGAUUUGUGUCUGACAGUUAGCGUUGAAACAUUGCCAAAGCAGUGAACCACUCUGUGCAUGUAGUAUACAGUAUAACUGCUAGGCUAUUGCUAUCGGCUCUUAUCAAUGACAUCUGUGAAGUAGAUGGUUCUUUUAGAAGGGGACCGUUGUUUAGAGUAGCUCAUGGAGAUACCUGAAAUUGAAUUUAAUAUUCUAGUCUAGACACAGCAUUUAACAUAUAUUUUUUAAGAUGAUUUUAAUUGGGAUUUUAAACUUUAUUUCUGUAUACUCUAGUUAUUAAUGCACAUUUUACUGAUCUGUAACAAAUUACUAAUACUGUAAAUGUUGGUGUGAAUUCAUGUCUGGGUUGAUUUCUAGCUAUGUGAGGAAUUCAUCUAAUAAAGGAACUUACAUUGUGACCAUUGUAA